UGAAAUGCGGAUAGAUAGCUUGUAGCCACAUUGCUUACUGUUUUAAAUUUGGUUUUUUGUGAAAAAUAGCAUUAUUAUUUAUUAAUUCAAUUGUCAUCAGUUCUGCAUAAGGCCUUGAUCACAUAUUUUAUGGAUUAUUUUAGGGGAUUAUGAAAUGUUUGAAUUAGAUCGGUCGAUUUUUUCUCCAACUAUGACCUUCGAUAUUUUCUCGCCACAAAAAGUUUCUGAUUGAGAUCGACUUCAAAGAAACCGAAAACAAGAUGAUUGUAAACGUUUGUAAUCGCUCAAUUACCUGGUUUACGAAUUAUAAUCUCUGAAUGGCAUAUUGGGGAUUCAAUUCUUGUACCAAUUGCCUUUUAUAGAGGUGUAGCUUUAAAUCUUAGUGCAAAAUUCAUGCAACAGAAAUGUAAAUUUCACCCUCAGUACGCAAUCGUUAACACUAGCUCCUGGGCCAUAUUACCCGCUAGAGAUGAAAGAGCACUAGAAGCAGCAAUAGCAAAAAUUGGUCCAGAAGCAGCCUCAAUUAAUGCGAGUCCUCAUACUUUUCAGCUUUAUCAUAAAGAAGUGUACGAUGAUAUAAGCUGUUCUUCGAAUUCAGUUAAUCAUGCAAUGCUUAUUGUUGGUUAUACGAAAGAUGCCUGGAUUUUGAAGAAUUGGUGGGGUAACCAUUGGGGUGAAAAUGGAUAUAUGAAGCUCAGAAGACGUAAAAAUAGAUGUGGAGUGGCGCAUUAUGCUGCAUACGCUUUAGUUUAAACUCCAGUUCAAAAUGCGUCAGAUAGAACUGCAGUCUUCAACAGCAACACAUUUUUAUUCACUUUAGCUAAGAGAUUUUGAUGAUUUUUACAAGUUCAGAACUACUUAUAGGAUAUUAAUCGUAUUUCCUUUAUAUUUUUUCAGUUGAUAUUUACUCUGAGAAUGACAUUGUUA